UAAAAAGGCAAAAAAUGUCCUGAGCCACCCGGCCCUCCCCAUGAGCCUGGACCCGUCAAAUUGUUCUGGAAUUCUGAGACUUCCUCGGCGCUCAGCGGACACUAAAUUGACAUGGAACUUCUACCGUGAGACUGUGAGAGUCAAAUAAAAGGAAAAAGGGCCUUUCCUAAACCCACACUCCCCGGUACUAAAACCCCCCCAAUUUGAAUAAAACAGGGUCAUCAUCCAGAUGACGUUUCCAAGAUUUUCUUCGUUAGUCCGUCGUGCUCCUCUUCUAUCUCCCGUACUUCCACCUCUCUCAACACUCCCUUCUCUUCACCCCAAACGCAGCAUUAGCCUCGGAGCCUCUGCUUUCAUGGAAAAAGAAGAAUCCACCUCUUCACCAAUCCAAGCUUCUGCUCCCCUCAAAAUCAACCGCUGGAAGCCCUUAUGUUUGUACUACACCCAAGGUAAGUGUACUAAGACAGAUGACCCUGUUCAUUUGGGGAAGUUUAACCAUAAUCUCUCAUCUGGGCUUGGGUUGGAAGCAUGUCAGUUGGAGAAGCUGAAGUCCCAGGAGUUCGAUUACUUUCUUGUGCUUGAUUUGGAGGGCAAAGUGGAGAUUCUCGAGUUUCCUGUGCUCUUACUUGAUGCCAAAACCAUGAAUUCCAUCGACUUCUUCCACAGGUUUGUGAGGCCUUCCCAGAUGGGUGAGCAAAGAAUAAAUCAGUACAUUGGCGGAAAAUACGGAAAACUAGGAGUUGACAGGGUUUGGCACGAUACUGCCAUUCCAUUUGAUGAAGUGAUUCAACAAUUUGAAGAGUGGUUGGGUAAGCAUCAUUUAUGGGUCAAAAAGCCAGGUGGUCGUCUAAAUAGAGCUGCAUUUAUAACUUGCGGAAAUUGGGAUUUGAAGACAAAGAUCCCUGCGCAGUGCAAAGUAUCAAGGAUGGCACUUCCAUCAUAUUUCACUGAAUGGAUCAAUCUAAAGGACAUUUUUUUGAACUUUUAUAAUAGAAGGGCUCCAGGAAUGGUUUCAAUGAUGAGGGAACUCCGAAUUCCACUGCGAGGAAGUCACCAUCUUGGAAUAGAUGAUACCAAAAAUAUUGCAAGAGUGGUACAACACAUGCUUAUAGAUGGUGCUCUUUUGCAAAUUACUGCAAGGAGAUUAUGUGGUUCUCCUGAAAAAGUUGAGUUUCUAUUUGAAAAUCGUAUCUAGUUGCCACUCUACAUCUCUUUACGUUCACCUUCCUUGUUAUGAUCUUCAUUUCGGACUAAUUUCUUUGUGCUAAUUGCAUA